CUGUUCGGUGUCUUCUUCAUCAAUCAUCCCGAUCUCAGGCGUAUUCUCACUGACUAUGGCUUCGAAGGACAUCCGUUUCGCAAGGAUUUCCCAUUAAGUGGUUAUACAGAGUGUCGUUAUGACGACGAGCUCAAGAGAGUGGUGAUCGAGCCCUUGGAGAUGACACAGGAGUUUAGGAAAUUUGAUUUACAGUCUUCGUGGGAACAGUUCCCCAAUUUCCGGCCCGAAGCACUUCCCGUUCAAGAGAUACCUUUACCACAAACUAAUGAAAAACAAGAGCAGAAAAAGUAGUUUUUCUUUCAAAAUAGUAAUAAUUUAUGUGAAUUUAAGGCAAAAUUUACCUUAAAUUAACAGUUUUAAUGCAAACCAAUG